UCGGCUCAGUCGAUCGGUAACUUCCGAGCAGAGCGGACGUGUUUUCUGCUCUCGUUGUCGGGUGUUGUUGUUUGCGGUUAGAAAUUAGAAGAAAACUGUUUGCGUAAUUUUACUUUUCGGUGGGGAUCUUUUUUGCGUAAAGUGGCAAUCCGCUAAUUGAAAUUACUGUGUGUGUUGCUCUUUUAUUUAUAACAGGAAUAAAAUCAUUAGAAAGAGGCUGGCGAGUGCCAUAAUUUUUCGGCACUUUUUUGUGGGUCGACCGAAUGAAAAGUGGGUGGUGAAUGGAACAAGAAGAACAUCGCCCGGAUCGGAUAACAGGUCGGACAAGGUGGAAAAAUUCACCGCUGCAAUCAAUUUUCGCGUCCGAGAAUUUCGUUAAAGUGUGAUUUUUCAUCCGUUAAAGCAUAUCUAGAUCAUUAAGUGCGUAAGUGAGAACCCGAAAAAAAGUGUUUUGACGGCAGCAAAUUGAGUGGCCAAGAAGAAAAAGUGGAUUAUUACAACAAAAAAAGUACAAAAUCACGACGAAUUGAAUUUUGAAGUGGUUUUAAAUUUAGCACUUGGCGCAUAAAUUGAGCGCCACGCAAAAGUCAAGUCGGGAGCCGAGGUUGCCGACUUAGAAAAGAGUAAGAGUAAGGAAUCGGAGUAAGAAGAGUUAAAACGAAGAAUAAAUUGUGCACAUGAUUAGAGUGCUUCGCGGCUUGGCCUUUUUCCUUUGUCGGUGCUGAGCAAGUGUGUGACCUCUCUGAAAAGUGGAUUAGUGGCUUUUUGGCGGUGAAGUUUUAUUUUUUGUGGGUUUUUGUUUGUUUGUUAUUGUUGUGAGUGACUCAACGUUCGAUACAGCUGCUACUGCUGCUUAAUUGAUCUGGAUUCUUUGAGUGGAGCUGGAGCGCCCUGGAUUGAGAUUUAAAAGGCUGGAUAGCGGCUGUACCAAAUCGACAGGAUCUGUAGUUAAUUGAGAACUGCGGUGAAGUAAGGAGGCACCGUCUUCAAGGACACGCUGGGACUCCAGAAAUGAGAUCCAAUGAGGAGAGCAGUUAGUGCACAGAGUUUAGUUACCCCGGAUCGCUGACCACGGAAAAUGAGUCGAACUGCCAUGCGGAAAGUUCUGACAGCUGCGCAGAUCUUCGUGGUACUGCUGGGAUGGCUGCCAGGCUUGACGCUACUCCACAUUCCAACCGCCUCAGCAACACCCGCGAUCAAAACGCUGGGCAACCUGAUGGCCAUUCCACCCCUUCCACCGCACCAUCAGGUGUCCCUGCCCCACCAGUACCGGCCACCACACAUCGUGUUACCCCGCCGGAACACCAGCAACUACGGCGGCGGCGUUAACUCCUCGCUGGAGUUCAACGGGACCAAAAUUGACCGCUCCGACAUCAACGUCCACCGGAGCUACUCGAUCGAUCGGAUCGACGACGUGGACCGUGGGUAUCACAAGUCCCGCAAGAUCACGUACAAGUACCCCCGGCACGGCCAUCCGAAGGUGCGGCCGCCGACGUUGCAUCCCAAGUUCUAUACGGCGUACUCGGACUGGAGCACGUGCGACGUCUUUUGCCGGAAGAGGCGCGAGCGGUACUGCAUCGUGCGGUCCAAGUGUGGCUUCCACGUGCACAUCGAGGAGCGGCAGUGUCAUUAUAGAUUCUGCGCACCUCUCUCAAUCCCGACCGACUACGAUCGUCACUCGAAAAAGAAGAAGAAGCGAAUCAUCGUCGAGGAUUACGACGACGAGGACGAAUACUUCGACGAGGAUGACACCGAGUACGUGAUCAUCAAGAAGAAGCCAAAGCGGAAGCGGAAACGUCCCCACAUCGUGUACCACCGGAAGGAGGGAGUCGUCCCGUCGAACCAUCGACCCACGUAUAACGACGAUUACGACGAGCCUGUCAGGUAUACGGAACGUCCAACCGAACAGCGGCUUCAAAACCAGCGGAAACCGCUCAAGGUCGUGCUGGACGACUUUGACGACAAGAAGAUCUUCGGUCCGAGUCCGCACUACGAGCAGCGAUUCAACACGGUGCAGAAAUUCCAAAGAAGACCUCACACGGCGGUGGUGAAACGGAAGCCGUCCAGGUUGAUGGAUUACUUUGAAGAUUAUUACGACCAUCUGUACAGGGAUGGAACGGGGUUCGCCAACCGACGGGACGACAUUCAGGACUUUGAUCGGUUGCGACCGAUCAGUGAGUUCUUGAUCGGGGAACAAGCCACAAACUCGACGGAGCGUACGUCUACGCAGUUCAACCAGCUGAUGGAGUCCUUUCCAACGGUGGAGCCUUCUACGAACAAUCCUCACCACGCCAAACGAGAGAUCAGCAACUUUCUUGAAGAUUCCACUGAAGACUCCGGCCAGAACUCGUCCGAGGAAGAUGCGAUCAACGGAACUGUGGAACUCAGUCCCGACGGGAAGAAGUAUCCUGGGGGCAGCAUGCUGAAGCUGGGAGUGGCGGCGAAUCAGAAGAAGGCCCGCGAGAAGGCGGUGUUUGAAAUGCCUCGCAAGGUGGACAACCCGUACUCGAAGUGGAGUCGGUGGUCCAAGUGUACGGCCAAGUGCACCACGAGGAGGUUUAAACGCUGCAAAGUCCCGACCAUGUGCGGCAACGACAUCAUCCGCGAGGUCGCGUACUGCUACACGGAGGGUAGCUUCUGCGAGGAGUGGAUCGGUAACCAGCUGUACCAAACCAACACCAACAGCAAGAAUCCUCCAACUCCGUCAACGACAUCAACUACGACGACAACCACGACGGUGGCGCCACCGAAACCCUCCAAACCCGCCAGAGGUCAUCACCACUUGGGACACUCUCAGUCGGCUCGUAGUCGCAGCGAUGCCGAUCAGGAGAAUGCGAUUCAAUCGUUUGGAGGAGGUGGCCGGAGAAGCUUCCUGCAGCCGGAGUACAUGCCCCAGGAGCUGAAUUGUGGCCUUCCGAUGGUGCGGAAUAAGCCGAAGAAGUAUCUUUACAACAUGCUGCGGAUAAUCGGAGGCAAGACCUCCAAAAGGGGGCAGUGGCCCUGGCAGGUGGCGAUUCUGAACAGGUUCAAGGAAGCCUUCUGCGGCGGAACUCUGGUAGCGCCACGCUGGAUCCUAACCGCAGCCCACUGCGUCCGAAAGCGCCUUUUCGCCCGCCUCGGCGAACACCACCUGCAGCAGCCGGACGGGUCGGAGAUUGAGUUCCGCAUCGACUUCAGUAUUAAGCACCCCCGGUACGACAAGAAGACGGUCGACAACGACGUGGCGCUGCUCCGGCUGCCCCGUGACGUCGAGCGGUCCGCCUUCGUGGGCUAUGCCUGUCUGCCGGAACGGUUCCAAACGUUGCCCACGGGCCACACCUGCACCAUCAUCGGCUGGGGCAAGAAGCGCCACAGCGAUGACGCCGGAACGGACGUGCUGCACGAGGCGGAAGUGCCGAUCAUCACCAACGACAAGUGCCGGGCCGUGUACCACGAUUACACCAUCACGAAGAAUAUGUUCUGCGCCGGACACAAGCGCGGUCGGGUGGACACGUGCGCGGGGGAUUCCGGUGGGCCACUGCUGUGCAGGGAUACGACCAAGGUCAGCAGCCCGUGGACGAUCUUCGGGAUCACCAGCUUUGGCGAUGGAUGUGGCAAAAAGAACAAGUUUGGGAUCUACACGAAGCUGCCCAAUUACGUGGACUGGAUUUGGUCGGUGAUAAACUGCGAUGGCAACUGUCGGACGUGAAUACAGAAUUACAGUUUAAUUAGAGUUUAAGAACAGUAAUGCGCGUGAAUGUGAGAGAGGAAUGGAUUGAGCGAAAAAGUGAGACGAUUUCAGUGAAUUUUUAUGUAUAAAUAGGAGCUUCUAGGGAGAGACAAAUCAUCUUACAAUUUCAUAUUUAUUGACUAUAGCUUUUGAGUUAGUUCGACGAAUAAGGGAAACAAGCAAACACGAUCUGGAUAAACGUUAUUUAUUACGAUUACUGUGUAUAGUACUUUUUACGAAUAAAUAAAGUGAUAAAUAAGUAAAAAAUAA